AUGGACCUUUCACAGGAACUCGAAGCCUUAUCACUUGCAACCAAAGAAGAAAAGUAUGAUGAAGUUCUAGACAAGCUGGGGACCUUACAACAUGUCGAAAAAGAAGCAAAAUUUAGAGAACUUUUAAAUAAAAUUAAACAAUUUCCUACAGGUUCAGGUAUUAUAAAAUCUAUUCACGAUAACGAAAAUUUGACGCAGUACCAAAAAGAUGAAUAUCUCAGCACAGCAAUUAUGAAACGAAUCCAUUCAUUCGCAAUGAGUCAUGAACUUACGCACAUUUUCUUUGAGUCUACGAAUCUUACUAGCAAUAAUAAUCUUGGAUCCGGCGUCGAUGGCAAACAACUUGAACAAGUUAU